CAGGUAAAUACGACAUGGAAGAAAUCUACGAAAGUAUGAAACGACUAAGGUAACGAGUAUAAGAGUGUCCUACAAAAAGGCUUAACAGGGAUGGAAGUGGCUUCCUUGACAUUAGUGAGCUAAAGAGGGCGCUUGAAAUUGUUGGUUUCAAGUUUCCACAGUGGCAAGUCAGACAAAUGAUUGACCGAAUGGACAGAAGUAAAUUUAUGGAAAACAGAGGACAACUAAGUUUUGAAGAGUUUCAGAAGCAAUCUGGGAAUGGACCCAGAUUUAAAAGAUUUACUGCCAAUUGACUCCGAAGGAAGUACUUUAUAUGAAAGGGUAAAGGAUGGUGUCUUGAUAUGCAAAGUCAUAAACCAUUCUUGUCCUGAAACAAUUGAUGAAAGAGCUAUUAACAAAAAAAACCUGUCAGUCUAUACAAAACACGAGAACUUGACCCUAGCCUUGAACUCUGCCCAGUCCAUAGGUUGUAACAUCAUUAACAUUGAUGCUUAUGACCUGUCUAAAGGGAAACCUCACCUGGUCUUAGGACUUUUGUGGCAGAUAAUUCGGCUGUUCAGAUCACAAUUGUUAUUCUUAAGAGGCUGAUGAUAGCAACCAAAAAAAGCUAAGUUCAUAGCUACUGUAU